CCCUACUAUUCCUAUAUAAUGAGAAGCGGAAGCCAGGGUCCUAAAAACCAGAGAUAAAGACACGCAACAACAUAUAAAAUCACCUAACCAGAUAUAGAUUGAGAGAAAGAUAUUAUUGUUGAUAAAAAGAGGGAAAAAAUGUCAGGAGGUGGACCAAUCUCACAGGACUGGGAACCCGUAGUGAUCCGCAAGAAAGCUCCCAACGCCGCCGCCAAGAAGGAUGAGAAGGCCGUCAACGCCGCCCGCCGCUCCGGUGCUGAGAUAGAAACCAUCAAAAAAUCAACUGCUGGUACGAACAAGGCUGCUUCUAGCAGCACUUCUUUGAACACAAGGAAGCUCGAUGAAGAAACAGAGAACCUUGCUCAUGACCGAGUGCCAACUGAACUGAAGAAAGCAAUUAUGCAGGGUAGAACGGACAAGAAACUUACCCAGGCUCAACUUGCACAGUUGAUCAAUGAGAAGCCCCAGAUAAUUCAGGAGUACGAAUCUGGGAAAGCCAUUCCUAAUCAGCAGAUUAUAGGCAAACUGGAGAGGGCUCUUGGUGUGAAGCUGCGGGGAAAGAAGUGAAGUAGGAUUUGAAACACAGCAAUGAGCUAUAAAGUUGUUUCCCGCUGUCUCAUGAGUCUUAAAAUUGGUGGUGCAGAUGGGACCCUUUCGACAUUUGUUAUGGCUCGCAUGUAAGGAACAGUCGCUUUGACCCGUGUGAUGUCUUUGAAUUUAGAUCUACCUUUCUGUCCCUUGGUUCCUCCUGUGUUUUAUGGACCAAAAUCUUUUGUAUGGUUUAGACUUGUAAGAAUUUUCACCUAAAAACGAAGACCCAUUUUGUAAAUGACCUUCCACAUUGCAUGAAGUGAUGAAAUUGUCUACCUCUAAUUUGGAA